AUAGUGACAUCAGUCAGCACAAAUGUACCAAAGUUCAGAGAGCUGUUUACUUGAACGCGGCUGCCUGUGAGGGCAGGCAGAGCUCCCUGAGCUCUGAGCUGUGUCUGCUGUGGCUUCUCUCCUCGGCCCUGGUUUCUGGAGCCUGGCAUUAGAAAGCAGCCCAAGAGAAAGAAGAUCAACUCCCCGUACGCUGAUUUCCAUGACUGUCUCUCUAGGCUCUGGCAUUGGUUUUCGAAGAAGUUCAUCUAAAAGUGGCCACCGUGACUCAGCAGUCUCUGGAGCUGCUUGCUCUCCGAAGGAAGUUGAGCUUAUCACAGGAAACUAGGCUCCUUUGUGCCCACAAUGUGAUCGCCAGGGCUGUCAGAAAACCAGGGCCGCCCCCCUGCAACAACAGAAGACAUGGCUAACUCCAGGCUGUGGCGGAACAACUGCCUGCCCUUCGUGGGCAUCAUGAUCCUGGUGGCCGCCGUCCUGGCCCUGAUGUUCUACGCUCUCCUCUGGAAGGCAGGCAACCUCGCUGACCUACCUAACCUGAGAAUCGGCUUCUACAACUUCUGCCUGUGGAAGGAGGACAUUGGCUCGCUACAGUGUUACAACUUCCCUGAGCUGCAAGUGCUGGGCGUUCCUCAGGUUGGCCUAGCCCUAGCCAGACUUGGAGUGUACGGAGCCCUGGUGCUCACAGUCUUCGUCCCUCUGCCUCUCCUCCUUGCCCAGUACAACAGAGAUGAGGGAGAGUGGCAGCUGGCCGUGGGCUUCCUGGCGGCAUCCUCUGUUCUGUUGGCCAGCGGACUAGGCCUCUUCCUCUCCUUCGUGUGGAAGUGGCUCAGGCUCUCCCUCUUGGGGCCUGGAUUUCUAGCUCUGUGCCUAGCCCAGGGUUUCCUCUUCUUCUUGCUUGUGGCCACCGUUAUGUUCCCGCCGCGGGAUAAGAAGGACAAGAACCAGUGGGAGAACUGUUAGUCCAGGCUUACAAAGGCUUAUGGGAUUGCAAGGGUUCCCCAUUUCAACUGUGCUCCGAGAAGGUGCCAGAGAACCUGUGGCUGGGUGGGCCCUGUCAACCGCCCUGUGUCACAGCUAACGUUGGUCUCGAGCUCGCUCUGCAGAUGGGACCACCCACUGAGCAGAAGGGCUGUGGUGUCAAGGAACCCAGAGGUGGCUUGGAGGGCUGGGGUACCUGCAGUUUCUUAGGAUACCAUGUAGCUCUUUAGCAUGGGUUCCUGCAUUAAUCAAACAAUCCUCACCAUAGCCCCAAGCAGGUGGGAGUCUGAAAUUUCCAAGCUAUCUUGGCAAAGUGUCAAACUAGAACUCUGUGACGGUUAUGGCAACAAAUGGGACAGUUAGCAAAAAACAAAAACAAAAAAACAAAAAACUGCUUUAACAUUGAGUCCUGUCAGCACAAAGAGGCCUCACUGGCUUUUCAGGGUCCCCUGAAUGGGUCCCUGGACCUGACAGCAAACAGGAACCAGCUGUUAAAUCAUUCUUGUGACCCAGGGAUGCAGACACCAAAUGUGCCAAAUUCUGGAAGGUGAACAGGGUUGAGUAGUCACCACAACCACACGUCUCCUCACCUUACCCAGAACUGGAAAGGCAGAAGCACGGUCUUUAUUACACAUUAGGACAUCAGUAUAUAUACAUAAUUUUUUUCAGUGUCGGUGUAUCAGAAAACCUAUGUGGCAAUGCGUCCUUCAUUCUGUGCUCAUCAAAAGCCAAAGUGAACACAAAGAAAGGUGGA